UAUGGGCCGUGCUCUGUGAAAAAGGGGUUUAAUGCAUGUGCGUAAAAUGUCGUCCUAGAUGAGCACGGCCCAUAUGUUUACUUACGCAUGGUAGGUAACAUUACGUUGGGUAUGUACUCGUUUUUUUCGCAAAUAACGUUUUACUACUGAAGGAAUCUUGAAGUGCUAUGUAGAUAUGCGUAUUUGUUUUAACCAAAACAUUAAACUAGAAUUCUUGACUUCGAGGAAUUGGCUUUAUAGGUGCGUUAUGAUUUUAUAUAAUUUUUCGGAGGUCCUAAUGUCGCCUUCGCCCCAUGUUCAUAACGGAUAUAACACUGAACGCUCCGGAUGCUGUUGAUUUAUCACCAAUUGUACGGAUGAGAAAAGGACAAUGGGAUAAAAGUAGACGAAACUAUGUUAUAUUACAAGCAUAUUUAACAAACAUACCAGAGUAAAUAAUUUGUAAAUAUUUGUGAUAGAUGUACGGACAUUGUCUCCAAUAUGACCGGACUUUUGAAGCAAAAUUCUACCGUCCUGCGACCGAAAAGGAAAGCGACGUUAACAGGAUUUCUACUGGCUUGUAUUAUUGGAGCUUUAGGGGCCAAUUUUAUAAACAACCCGCCGAACACGUGGUAUGGCGGGUACAUAAAAUGUCGACAAAAUAAUCAGACCAUGUUAAACUGGGGGGUGUGGGAGGAUGGAACAACGGACCUGAAAAAACAAUAUCCCAUUUGGCUCUACGGCUUCGAAGUGCGAAUCCACAACAAAAGUAUACCAAUUUCAGACAAAUUCUUCAAACUCGACCAAUUACAAAACACCAGGACCGCCUAUGUUCGUUGCGAGGCUGGCUCAUUAUUCGAGGACUAUACCCUUAUCAACUUUGAGCAAGCACACAUUAUUUGUCAGAAUCAUACAAGUGGAACUAGGGAACUACUCACAGUGAAUCACACUAACUUGGACAAGUUUAAAAUAAGCAGUGAUAUUAUUAAAACGUCGUUUUGGACACAAGCUGUGGAAGUCGGAACAUUUCUUAACUCGGAAGACCUCAUAGUGCAUUGUUUAAUGCUCAACCAUCAUGGCGAGUUACGAAAAGACAACUGUACCAAAAGCUAUUCGUCUGUCUGCGUAAACGCAACUGUUCACAACACAAUACAAUACAGCGGACACGAGUCGAAGGUGCCAAACUACGAUCCGACGUCAUCGAGCACACCCGUGACAUCAUCAGCGGGUACCUCAGAGUUUGUGACGUCACUAGUUACAACGGAAACCAACGAUGGCGUUGAUUUAACCACUAGCGUAGCAAACAAAUCGUCCGAUUUGCACAAUUCCACUAGCGACCAUAAAAGUCGUGCCAAGGUGAUGGAAGAGAAAAUCCUCAUACCACUUAUCUGCGUGGGAGUUGCCGUGGUUACGGCGUUAGUGGUCGCCGUCAUUUGCUGCUUCAGAAUCAAACGGAAAUCGAACAAAGACCGCAGGCCAACCUUUUCCGACGGCAACUCCAAAACGGCGGACUCCGUAAAUAUUAAAGAUGCUCAACACUACGAAGUUAGUGACAUCAGCGAAUAUGCUACCCCCUCGUACGCAGUAACGGGCGGUCCUAAAACGGCACGGCCUCGUUCGUCCAUUAUAGAAGGCGAAUACGACGCUAUUUCCAAUUCCAGAGCAACGGAUAAAUCCAAACGCCAGGUGGCGGUGGUGAAGGCUUACAGUCACGUGGUAAUUGUCCCAGCCAAUCAGAGACGCGAUAGCGAUUCAAAUAUGGAAAACGCAUACGACGUGUCUACGUUGAAUAAUCAAACGACCGUGACAAUAUUACAACAGGACGGCACUGGAAAUGUUUACGGUCAUUUGGGGAUAACAUAACUGUAAAUAGAGAACACAUUUUAUAAGUUUAAAAAUGUUUUUGUCAUCAUUCCAUACGCUUAGAAUUGUUAUCUAGUCGAUAUAAAAUUAUACAAACUUUAGAAUACGUAUUAUAACAACUCAAACGGCUUUCGCUCACAUUCACUCCUAUAUGUUGUAUACAUUGUAUUUUCUAUUGAACAUUCAGUUAAUUUUACUAUAUAAGUUCUACUUGUCUUUUCCUGAAAUUUAAUUGUUAUACUUUUUGUUACAUAUAUGAUCCUACAUUUAAUUUAAACAUAAAGAUAUGGAAAUUUGUAAAUGUGGCAUCGGAAAAAAUAAAUAUUGAUUCAUUUAUAAAAUGUAUUUCAAUUUGAUAUUUGUGGAAUGAUUUGAAAUUUUGUAGUUGGGGUGUUGGUUUAAGAAUAUUUUAGUGUGUACAUACGCUUUUACAAUAUGUCAAAGGCUUUGGUAGAAUAGACUAAAGCGUUUUCUUGUGGAAACAUGACUUGUAAGUUAAUAUAUGUUGUUAUUGAACAUGUUGUCCUAGGCACUUGCAGUGUAUACUUUUGUAUUUACAUGUUGGAGUAUGAUUGUUCAGUGUAAAGCAUUUAUAAUUCAAUAUGGAAGCCAUGUACUGUCAGUGUAUGCUUAACGUUUGUAUGAUGGAUUUUAUCAAAACCGGAACCUGUUUCAAAUACAUGUAGAUGAGUCCGGUAAUUUAUAUAUGUGUUUGUGGAAGCAACAAACACGGUUGAAGGUGAGUUUCUCACAUUUUGAUUCAAGUGCUCAUAUAGUAAUGUGUUUAUAUACAUAAAAGGGCCGUGCUCUGUGAAAAGGCGUUCAAUGCAUGUGCGUAAACACAGGCUAAUCAGAGACGACACUUUCCGCCUAAACUUGAUUGUCGCUAAGAGGAGACUUUCUUGAAACAAAUAAUAUAGUUAAAUCGGAAUGUGUUAUCCCUAAUUAGCCUGUGCGGACUGUAUAGGCUAAUCCGGGACGACACUUUACGCACACGCAUUAAACCGCUAUUUAACAGAGCACGGUCCAAUUUUUUAAAACUAUGUUGACAUUUAAUUGUGUAUGAGUCUUUUUCUUAUUUAUUGCAGUCGCUUUUGUACAAAUAAUUCAUCGAUGCUUUGAUUCAACUAUUAUCAAUCGUUUUUUAAACAAACACAAUUUCUAUAUAAACUAAAAACUUUG